UCCUUCAAAUCGGGAGUCGCGUAUCAGUCGUCCGCUCCCCUUGUGAUUUUUCGUGUCUCACUCACGGUGUUUCUUUUUGGCGACAAUGAAACGUUAGAGAGGAAGAUAGUGUCCGCUUGAACCCCAGUGGUAUAUCCCCAUUCCCUCUCUGCUGUCUAUAUAUUUAUAUAUAUAUAUAUAUAGAUCAGUUUAAUUUUGGGGUAGAGAAAGCCGAAUUUAUUUUCAGUUUUUCUCCGUUUGAUUCGGAUUUAAAUGAGUAAAUGGCUGGGGCACAGCCCGGAGUUCACGCACUGCAGCUCAAACCGGUCUCCGUUUCGGAGAGUCUCAAGAAAGGCAGCAAAUUCAUGAAAUGGGAUGAUGAUGCAUCCACAGUGACCCCGGUGACCUUACGAGUCGACCCCCAGGGCUACUUCCUGUAUUGGACAGAUCAGAACAAGGAAACUGAGAUUUUGGAUAUCACCUAUAUCAAAGAUGCAAGAAGUGGGAAAUGCACAAAACCUCCAAAGGAAGCCAAGCUCCGUGAGCUGCUGGAUGUGGGCAACCUGGUGGGGCGGAUAGAGAACAAGAUGCUGACCGUGGUGACGGGCCCAGAUAUGGUCAACAUUAGUUACUUGAACUUCUUGGCCUUUCAGGAGGAAGUCGCAAAGGAGUGGGCGGAUGAGUUGUUUAGCCUGGCGACCAACCUGUUGGCACAGAACAUGCCCAGGGAAUCCUCUUUGGAGAAAGCGUACACAAGACUCAAGCUGCAACUCAACCCAGAAGGUCGCAUCCCUGUGAAGCACAUCCAUCGAAUGUUUUCUGCAGACAGAAAGCGUGUAGAAACAGCCCUGGAGAGCUGCAGUGUCCCGUCUGGCAGAAAUGAUUCCAUUCCUCAAGAGGACUUCAUCCCCGAUGCAUAUAAAACCUUCCUGAACAACAUCUGUCCGCGGCCAGAGAUCAACCAGAUCUUUUCAGAUCAGGGAGCCAAAAGCCGGCCAUACCUGACUGUGGAGGAGAUGACGGAUUUCGUAAACAACAAACAGCGCGACCCCAGGCUCAACGAGAUCCUCUAUCCACCACUGAAACCUGAUCAAGUACAGCUGCUCAUUGAGAAGUACGAAAUGAACAGCAGCUUUGUCAAGAAAGGACAGAUUUCCGUGGAGGGGUUUGCUGCAUAUCUUGUGGGUGAAGAAAAUGGUGUCAUCCCUCCCGAGAAGCUGGACCAGAGUGAAGACAUGACCUUUCCUCUCUCGCACUACUUCAUCAAUUCCUCACACAACACUUAUCUGUCAGCUGGCCAGCUGGCUGGGAACUCCUCGGUGGAGAUGUACAGGCAGGUCCUACUCGCCGGCUGCCGCUGUGUGGAGCUGGACUGCUGGAAAGGUCGAACAGCUGAAGAGGAGCCCGUCAUCACACAUGGCUUCACCAUGACCUCGGAAAUCUCCUUUAAGGAAGUGAUUGAGGCCAUCGCUGAAUGUGCAUUCAAAACCUCCCCGUUUCCUGUAAUAUUGUCUUUCGAAAACCACGUGGAUUCCCCGAAGCAGCAAGCCAAGAUGGCAGAAUACUGCAGAUCGAUAUUUGGCGAUGCACUGCUGAUCGAGCCUCUGGAGAAAUACGCUCUGGAAUCUGGAGUUCCCUUGCCGAGUCCGCAGGAGCUGAUGGGGAAGAUCCUCAUCAAGAACAAGAAGUCGCACAAGCCCUCUGAUGCUAGCGCAAAGAAGAAGCUGGCGGAGCAGGCCUCCAACGCAUGCAGUGACAGCUCUGGUGUUUUUGAGCCCUCGUCUCCAAGCGCGGGUGACGUAGAGGCAGAAAGUGAUGAGGAUGAUGAUGAUGAUGAAGACUGUAAGAAAUCAAUGGAUGAGGGAACGGCGGGAAGGGAGGCCGUGGCCACAGAGGAAAUGUCCACCUUGGUGAAUUACAUCCAGCCCACCAAGUUUCACUCCUUUGAGGUUUCCAAAAAAAGUAACCGUAGUUACCAAAUGUCUUCGUUUGUGGAAACGAAAGCCCUAGAACAGCUCACAAAGACCCCAGUGGAGUUUGUUGAAUAUAACAAACUCCAGCUUAGCCGACUCUAUCCUAAGGGCACACGUGUGGAUUCUUCCAACUACAUGCCUCAAGUAUUCUGGAACGCAGGCUGUCAGUUAGUGGCUCUGAACUUCCAGACAAUAGACCUCCCCAUGCAGCUAAACCUGGGCAUGUACGAGUUUAACGGAAAGAGUGGCUACCGGCUAAAGCCAGAGUUUAUGAGGCGGCACGACAAGCACUUUGACCCCUUCACCGAGACCACCGUGGAUGGAAUUGUAGCAAACACCUUGUCAGUCAAGAUUAUAUCUGGGCAGUUUUUGACUGAUAAGAAAGUCGGCACCUAUGCGGAAAUCGACAUGUUUGGUCUGCCGGUGGACACUAGGAGAAAAGCGUUCAAAACCAAGACCUCGCAAGGGAACGCAAUCAACCCCGUGUGGGACGAAGAGCCUAUAGUGUUUAAGAAAGUUGUCCUGCCCACUUUGGCCUCUCUGAGGAUAGCGGUGUUUGAGGAAGGUGGAAAGUUCAUUGGCCAUCGCAUCAUUCCUGUGUCUGCAAUCCGACCAGGUUAUCGCUACAUUGGCCUCAGGAAUGAGAAGAACCAGAAUUUGGUGCUGCCGGCUGUAUUUGUCUACAUCGAAGUCAAGGAUUAUGUACCAGACACAUUUGCCGAUGUCAUCGAGGCAUUGUCAAACCCAAUCAGAUAUGUGAAUUUAAUGGAGCAGAGAGCCAAACAGCUGGCAGCAUUGACUUUAGAGGAAGAGGAGGAGGAUGUCAGCAAGGAGGCUGAGCCAGGGGCUGACCAGCCCCCCGAGCCAAAAAAUGACCCCAAGCCAGUCACCUCAGAGAACGGUGUCACCCAUGUAGCUAAUGUCACCCCCAAAGCCGUAUCGCAUGUGACUCAGCCGGCGCCACCGACAGUGUCAGCUAAGCCUGCAGUGAAAACUGAAGACCUCAUACAGAGUGUCCUCACAGAAGUGGAGCCCAAGACUCUGGAGGAGCUUAAGCAACAAAAAACGUAUAUUAGAGAGCAAAGAAAACACUAUAAGGAGAUGAAGGAGCUGGUGAAGAGGCAUCAUAAGAAGACCAGCGAGAUGAUCAAAGACCACACUGCUAAAUACAACGAGUUCCAGAACGACUACUCCCGAAGACGGGGCGCCCUCCAAAAAUCUGCAAAAAAAGAUGGUAAGAAAAGGUGCACGUCGCCGGGAUCUGACCAGGAGCCGUCCUCCAUCGAGCGCGAGCUGUCAGCGCUGGAUCAGGAGAACGGCGAGACGUUGACCCAGCUGAAAGAGCAGCAGCAGCAGCAGCUGCUGAGUCUCCGACAGGAGCAGUACUACAGCGAAAAGUACCAGAAGCGGGAACACAUUAAGCAGCUCAUGGAGAAACUAACCUUAGUGACAGAGGAGUGUCAAAGUAAUCAACUAAAGAAGCUGAAAGAGAUGUGUGACAAGGAGAAAAAAGAUUUGAAAAAGAGAAUGGACAAAAAAAGACAGGAGAAGCUGAAUGAAGCCAAAUCAAAAGAUAAACACCUGACUGAGGAAGAAAAACUGGAGAUUAAUAGAUCCUACGUUAAUGAGGUGGUACAGCACAUCAAACGGUUAGAAGAUGCUCAGAGCAAAAGACAGGAACGACUUCUGGAGAAGUACAAGGACAUUCAGCAACAAAUCGUGGAUGAAAAACCAAAGCAGCAAACCGAUUUGGAUCAGGAGUACCAGGACAAGUUUCGUCGACUGCCUCUGGAGAUUCAAGAGUUCAUGCAGAACGCAACUAAAAGGAAAUCGAGUGAGGACCCAGGCCACAGCCUGCUACCUCCUCCCGCAGCAUCAGAACUUCAAGUGAACCACAAGACAGCCCAUUCUGAGGAUGUGACAGAGGAAGAGGAUGGCAUAAAGCCAAGCACCGUUCCACCCUAGGCAACAUCCGAGUGAUUCAUAUUUUAUGAUUAUAUAUUUUUUCUGUAUCUGAUUUUUAAUUUUCUAGAAAACCGUAGCAGUUGUGUACGCAUCUGUUGGUUUCAGAGAAAAGGUGUUUACUGACUGCUUGGAGAAGUAUUAGAACAGUGUCACGGAAAGGAGCUGUUAUUUUUUAAAUAAAUGCAUUAUUAUUAACAGUAACUAGUAUAAAUUAGUGUUGUCCAGUUUGUAUUAUUUCUUAUUGUGGUGCUAGUUUUUGGGUUCAUGCCUACAUCACUUUUAAUAUUGUUAUGAUUGUAUUUACUAUUAGAGCUAUAAUUUUUGUGUCUGACACCAUAGGAAAUAUUAAGAGUCACAAUAGGUUGGUUGUUGAGUGGUGUUUUAGUGAAGCUAUGUAUACUGCUUGUGGUCAUUUUUUCAAGUGCCAGGCAAAGCAAAUCGACGUUCUGGUUUACCUGCCACAGAUACAAACUGCUGUCAUAUUCUGUUUUCUGGGUGUAUGCAAUACAACAAACAAAAAGGCACCCGUACAGCAUAUUUGCACUGAGUAACAAAUUUUCGCUUUCGUCUGCAAGCACGGGCGGCUUGCAGUUUUGUUUCCCUUACAGAUAGUUGUAUGCUGGUGAUAUUUAUUGUAACUGAUUUAUAGUUUGUAAUUUUUGACAAACAUGAUUUAUAUACAUUGCUCUGAAAUGCCAGUUCUGUAUCAGACUUAUUGUGAUUUAAUCAGUUUCAGGAAUGCAUGAAAAACUAAUGCACACUAACUUUGUGUUAAAAUAUACUUACAUUAAAAACAUUAAUUGUUGGCUGUACAGAAGUAAUUAUGAUGUCUUUCAAAAAAAUAUACAAAAAAAAGUAAACAUUUCGAUGAAUUCUUUUUUUUUCCAACUUUGCAUUUUUAACUUUUUUUCAUUGCUUAAGCCAGGGGGUAACUUGUUCUGCUGUUUGUUAUUGCAAAGAUUUAUAAACCUCAGUAACAUGACAGACGUGGCUACAAAAAAAAAUCGCUAAUCAUUUCUGCUGUGUUCAGUAUGUAAGUGGUCAUCCAAACGCCUUACCUUUAAUUGUAUUUCAAGCAAAGUGAAAGGUGAGUCAGAGUGCAGUUUAAACUCGCAAAAAAAAAAAAUUCUUUGUGAAAUGACAAUAGUGAUAUUUCUUUAACUGAAACAAAUUACUUUAAGGCUGAAAGUUUUUUUUUUAUUCCUAUUAUAUUCUUACUGGCAAUUUUCUUGUUUCUGCAUAGCUAUUUAGCCUUUAUUUUUUCGGUUGUUAUGGCUUUUUUGAGAUUUAAGGGAUUUGUUACAAAAGGUUCUAAGGUCCUAAGCAGUUAAACAACAACAAACAUGACAAGAACAACAACAACAACAAUACUAAUAAUAAUCAGCAGCAGCUGAUGCCUAAAAAGAAUGAGGAGGUACGAAGAAAUGCAUUUUACAAUAUUACAAUAGUGAAGAGAGAAAAUGUCUGUUUUUAAAUGACAAUAAAAACUUCAAAGUUGUUUCAAAGUUACUUGUUUCGUAAUUUAAUCUCAAAAAUUAUUACCUCCUCCAUCUCUAUGGACCAGCCACCUCUAAUAAAAGUGUGAUGCUAAUAGCUAACUAAACAUAAACAAAGCAUUAAUUAAUCUCAUUAAUGAAAUAAUCUGUCCUGGCACAAAAAGUGGAUCAGUAAAUUAUAUAGAGAAUUUUGCGCAAACUUCUACAGAAGACAUAUACAAUACAGAAUUUUAAAAAGCUAAUUUAAACAUACAGCUCCUGUUACGAGGUUAAUUCAGUUUAAAAUGUGUAACUUCUUAUGUACCAGAAAACUAAUUGAAUGACUUUUCACAAAAAAACAAAAAAAAAAUUUAGUUAGGUUUAUAACCAAGUAACCAAAUUUGUGCUUUUUUAAAGGUUCUUAAUGAAGUGAAAGUCUGGUGCCUUUCAGUGUAUUUGUCGUGUGAUGUGGAUUGUAUAAACUGCAUUUAUUUUAUUUUUUUUGUUUAAAAUGUUGUGAUAACAAAUUUUGUAUUCUAAGAUUGUGUGUGCAUUUUUACAAUUCUACAAUUCACUACCAACUUUUACUUGAAGUUAGUUGUAUUUGAAUGAACAUUAUAUUGAAAUGUCAAAACUGUUUACUGAUUUAAGAUUAAUGUAUAUAUUGCAUUGUUUUAUUGCUCUGACAAUAAUAUACAAAGUAAUGAUUUUAGUUGUCAAGGAUUAUUUUUUAAAAAUUGAUGAAAAUUUCAACAUUUAAAAAGCCCCUGUUUUGGGGAGUAAAAUAUUUUGGAUCCAUUUUGAUGUGUAUUGCUAUUGCUUAAUUUGUGGCUACUCUGCUGUGCCCAUAUGUGAUCUAAAUUAUUGCUUCUAACACAGUUCCCAAUUGAUAAAUCUUUUUUUUCCCUAAAAAAAUAUUCUAUGCAAUUUUGUGGCAUGGUGACUUCCAUGUGUAGUUUAAUGUGCUUUCAAUCCAAGUUAACGAAAAUAUUAAAAAAAUAACAUAUUA